CGCUCCGCCAUGACAGUGACUCACGGGGGAGUGGUGAGGGAGGCACGCCAGCCCGGCCAGCAGAAAGAGACAUCUCAACAAAAAUGGAAGGGCAGAGGCUGGGAACUGGGAGAAACAACCCUUUCAUAGAAACCCUGCUGCCAAGUCUGAUAUGGGCCUCUUUGAAGAAGGACUGCCUCCUCAAGGUUGCUUGCUUCUGCCCAUGCCUGAAACAGAGUACAAGGAGGACCUUCGCAGCUCAGUGUCUGGACAGCAGGACACUAAACCCCAAACACUCACCCCUAGAGAUCCAGCUGCUUUUUUUAAUCCCAAAAUGGUAUUAGCUGGUGCUGUUAAACCUUUAUCCCAUAAAACCAACUCAUUAGUGCAGAGAAAUAACAACACAUUGUCAGGAGAGAAACAAACAUUCAGAAACCAAAUUGACACCCAAACUUUAUCACCCAAUUCCAACCCAACUGAGGCUGAUGUUCCCAAUCAGAAUGAUUCUAAGAGCUCCCUGAUCCACAAGUUGAGGAAGAGGUCUUUGACUCUCCUGACCUUCAGGUCCAAACGGGCACGGAGGAUCGAUGCCACACUGGAACUGGCGUCAGGGAUGGCAUUUGCCAAGCGUCUUCUGAAGUGGCGUCUCAUGCCUGAAGGGUACAGCGCUCACCUGACCCUGAUGGAGCAGCGUCUGGCACUCAGGCAGGCGUUCCGUCGCUGGAGUGAAGUGGUGCCCAUUGACUUCCAGGAGGAUCUCACUGCAUCCAUGUCAGAGAUUGACAUCAAGCUGGGAUUUGGAACAGGCCGUCACUUGGGCUGUCCGCAGGUGUUCGACGGAGCUUGGCAGGAGCUGGCGCACAGCCUGCAGCAUGGGGACAUCCACUUUGAUGACAAUGAGGCCUAUAGCACCUCCGACUCCCACCCAGGGGUCAGCCUGCUCAAGGUGGCGGUUCAUGAGAUAGGCCACGUCCUGGGGCUGCCCCACCUCCUCCGCCCCGGCUCGGUGAUGCACCCCUACUACUCCCCUACUGGCAGCACCGUGGAGCUGGACUCCGAGGACAGGAGGGCUAUUCAGCAGCUGUACGGGGUGUGUGAGGGGCCCUUUGACACUGUUUUUGACUGGGUGUGGAGGAAGACCAAUCAGCAGGGGGAGCCAGUGAUCCGCUUCAACACCUAUUUCUUCAGGAAGGGCUGGUACUGGCUGUAUGAGAAUCGUAAUAACCGCUCGCGCUCCAGGGACCCGCGGGAGGUGCGCUCAGGCUGGCAGGGGAUUCCUGUGGAGAGCAUCGAUGCCUUCAUUCACGUCUGGACUCGGUAUUGCAAUGCUGCAUACUUCUUUAAAGGCACGCAGUACUGGCGCUAUGACAGUGAGAACGACCAGGCUUACACUGAGGACCCACAAGGGCACCGAUACCCCCGCAGGAUCUCACAGGGCUUCCCUGGCAUCAGCGGCCCCGUCGACACAGCUUUCUUCCACAGGCGAGAUCACUGCAUCUACUUCUUCAGAGGACACAUGGUUACAGCGUUCAAUGUCAGCAGUAACCAGAGGCUUGAGGGCUUCCCCAGGCGGAUCCUGGAGGUUUUCCCAGCGAGUGUCCGUGGUGACCACCCCAUUGCACACCUGGACGCUGCAUACUACUCCUACAGCCACCAGGCCCUCUUCUUACUCAAAGGGCUGUUCUUCUGGCAGGUGGCAGAGGCUCAGGACAGAAGCAGGGACCCCUCCCUGCCCCACAACGCCCUGCUGCCCCACAGGAGAGUGGCCGAACAGUGGCGUGAUAUCUGUGACGUCCACUCCAGCAUACUGACCAAUAAAUGA